GUAGUAAAUAUGAUUUUGUAUAUUGGGGAGUCACCUUUGCGAAGCACUAUUUAAUACAGACAUAAUCUAAGCCAGACACGCGCACCGAGUCACGGGAAUUCACAUUCCUAAACUGUGAUUACACUUUAGGGAUAGAAAACAGAUUUGUUUUAUAUCAUUAAAUAAUUUUCCUAGCUUUAAGGUAUGACCAUUUAUCUUUGUUAUGCAUACAAAUAUAAUCAAAACUAGAAAGAAUUGGGCACUUAAAAAUUAGACAUAACGAUCAUAGAGGACAAUCGGUUUUAUGACAUUUUUUUUUUAGGGAUACUGACAGUCUGCUGAAAAAUGCAUAGCAUUUUGAAGAAUAAGUUAGACGUAAAUAUGAAAAUAAAUUUUAAAAAGACCAUUCUCGUUGCAUAAAAUGCCAUUAAUAAUCAUUAUUAAAUAUCUUUAAUAGACUGUUGACUUUAAUUUUGAACUUACUAGUUAGAAAAACAAACAGACUGUGAAAUUUAAAAAAAUGACCAUUUAGAUGACAAAACGACGUUGUGUAAAUUUUAUUAUUUAUUAGUCUAUUUAAUUAUUAUUCAUAAAGUUUUCAAAAUUAACAUCCUUUUAGCUAUAGUGUUAUCAUUUUUAGUUAUUAUUGUGUAAAAUUAAUAAUCAAUUCUGCAUAUUGGUUAUGCAAACAUAAUUCUCUGUAUCUGUCGUAAAAACAAAAAACAGUAUUGGUCGAGAACUAGCCUAUGUAAUACAUGAAAACAAACGUGUGUCCUGUCAUUCAGUGUUUUUUCCGGGUUCAGAGAAUGGACCGCUUAACUGUGGCUGUGACAGUCUAAAUAAAUCAGUCUGUGCUGGCCUCGAUUCUCUAUCGACCCAAAUAAAUAGAUUGGGCUGAAAUUAAUUGGCAGGUCGAUGCAUUGGAAGCUUCUCUCACGGUCUCCCUCUUGGCAUGCUGUCAGUCACAAAUAGUCCCGCAGUGCACGCGCUAUUUUUGUUUCUGUCGACAGGAAACUGCUCAAUGCGAUGACAAAAGACUCUCUUUGAAUCGUCGGUCCAUUUGAAAGCGCGCGCGUGCUUGUGUAAAUGCCGCUGAGGGGUCAGGACAGUCCGUGUUAUCGCUCCGGUGCUCCUGACGUAAGCGACUGUCAUUGAAAACAUUCUGCCGGUCGCUGUACGGUGCGCUGCACCAGAUGAAUGAAAUUCCCGGAAUGCAUAUGCUAGCCACCUGCCUGUUAGUCGCUGCUGUUUCAUACUGGUACAGCAGCGAGCUUCUGACAGUGCUCCGUCCGUUUAUUUCAGACUCAGCCCUCGGCGGGGACAUGCCGGAACCCGAGGGGAAUCGUCGGUCACCGCAAGGUGUCCCUUACACCGACCUGCCGCACAUUGUCAACGCCGAUGGACUGCACUUGUUCUGCCGUUACUGGGAGCCCGACAGUCCUCCGAAGGCUCUGGUGUUUGUUGCCCAUGGAGCAGGAGAGCACUGUGGGGGAUAUGCUGACAUUGCUCGUAGCCUGACCCAGCAUGACAUUCUGGUGUUCGCCCACGAUCACGUUGGUCAUGGCGUGAGUGAAGGUGAAAGAAUGGAUAUCAAAAACUUCCAGAUUUACAUCAGAGACGUCCUCCAGCACAUUGACAUCAUGAAGGGCCGGUACCCCAAGCUGCCAGUCUUCAUCAUUGGACACUCAAUGGGAGGGGCCAUUUCCAUUCUGACCACCUGUGAGAGACCGCAGGAUUUUGCAGGUGUUGUUCUCAUAAGCCCCAUGGUUCAAAUGAACGCUGAAUCUGCUACACCCUUCAAGGUUUUCAUGGCAAAAAUUCUAAACCGCUUGACUCCCAAACUCUCUCUUGGUUCGAUUGAGUCAAAAUGGGUCUCACGGGAUCCCAAACAGGUGGAGGCAUAUGACACAGAUGAGCUAAAUUAUCAUGGAGGGCUGCGCGUCUCAUUCGGAAUGCAGCUGAUGGAAGCAGCAACUCGUAUUCAGAGAGAAUUACCCAAUAUCACAUGGCCCUUCUUUAUUCUCCAUGGCGAUGCCGACAAGCUUUGUGACAUCAAAGGCGCUCAUCUAAUGUACAGUGAGGCCAAGAGCACUGAUAAAUACCUGAAGGUAUAUGAAGAAGCCUACCAUGCCCUACAUCAUGACUUACCUGAAACAAUUAAGUCUGUCUUAAAUGAGGUGAGCACCUGGAUCCUGGAGAGACUCCCCAGCCCUCAUGGGUCUUAGCUAUCAAUCACUGCAUGCACACUCGCCUAAGCCCCUCCCUCAACUGAAUCUUUCAUCUCUACUGACAAAGAGAUGUCUGACUACAUGCCAACAAAACUACUCUCAUUCUAAUCUACCUAGGUAAAAACAUAGAUGUGUCUAGGUAGAUGCACUAGUAGUGGCUGUUUCUAGGGCCACUAUACACAAGCCAUCCGCCAUAUUCAUAAGCCCGUAUGUCUGCAACAGUAGUUAUACGCAUAUAUGAAUAUCUGUAUCUGCAAGAGACUUCAGGACAGAUGGUUUUGCUAAACUAACACAAUACAACAAGACAAAGCCGACACAUUCUUACCUUUGAAAGUUUAUCCAAUUUCUCUAGGAAUUAAAAUUUUGGCGAUUUUUAUAUCCAGAGGCUGCUCAAUGUUGUGGCAUCUUGAAACUUCACUGUUCCAAGAUGGCGGAGGCGUCUACGUGCUUUAAAUGGUCGAAUGUGGCGUCUACAUUUGCAUAUCUAUGGGUAAUAAGAGGUCAUUAGUAAAUGACCUUUGACCUAGAGACCCAAUUAAGCUUUAAUAUGGCCAGUAAGGGUUCUGUGGGAGUUUAUAUUCCCUGUUAAACUUCAAAGGCAUCAGCACUGCAGGGCAUGGCUUGUGCAUUUCCAGAGCAAUCAUCAUGAGGAAUAUAAUGCACCCGGUUGCCCUCAGUGCUGAGCUCUCUUUUGUUUUGCCACAGUAAUAGAACACAGCUGCAAUUUUGCCUUGUGAUGUCCACUGCUCAUAAGAGAUGCAGUGCUGCCUCUGCUGGACAACAGCAGUACUGCAUUCUGCUGUGAGCACAGUUACCAAGGCAACUCAACCUUAUAUUGCAUAUGGCUUGGCAGAAAAACAAACUGAACCUACAGAAUGAGAAUAUGGUAAUGCUUUGAGACAUUCAGAGAGCAAAAUGUCUGCUGGGCAAAUGUUACAUUGCACUCGAAGAGAUCAAUUAGAUGAUCUCUACAUACACAUCUAUGCAGGAGAUCCCACAGAUUCUGAUAUAUGAACUAUAUAUACCCACAAUAAGGAGAAUUGGAAAGGUUGUUUUUUUUGUCAGUUCUAAAUUUCUUUUUGUGGUUUGACUGUUUCAAACACCUCAGACUGUUCCAUUCCUUGGAGUAAGUGGGGAAGUAGCUGUUCUGCAGCUGGAUUUACUUAAUAUGAAACCUAUUUACAGCUGAUUCUUUCUUAUGGGCUUUGGAAUUGUAAUAUGUUAUUCCUUUAUUUUUACAAGCAUUUUCAUUACUUUGACUACUUUAUUAUUAAUAAAUAUGUUACUGUUGAAAUGAUAAGAUGUUCACAUUAGCUUUUGGCCUCGUUGUAGACCUCAGGGUGCGCAUGGGGUUUGUAGCUCUAAAACAACAUGAAAUUGUAAAAGGUCAGUCGUUCACACCAGCUUAACAUUUAACGCGACUGUUUUGAUUCAGACAAAGGAAGGUUUUGUUGCAGAGAUUCAUCUGUAAUCCUCAAAGGCAUUUUAUCAAUGAAUGUAGAUCAAUGAAGGUUUUAUUGAAUGUGUCACAUUUUUAAUGGAAGCAACAAGCAAAAACUUUCUCUAGCUUAAAUUUUUUUUUUUUUUUUUUUUGAUUGAUUGAUUGAUUUAGAUCAAUUAGUAAUAAUACUGCUAUCUGUGGUGUGAGCAGAAAUGAAAUGUCCAGCACAAGAUUGUGAAUAGUGUGCAUGUUUGUUAAGAGAUUAUGUAAAGAGAAACUAUAGUUUGGAUGUUUGUUUCACACGUAAAGCAUUUUAUUAAGUAUAUUGUCUCUCAAUCGUUUGAAAUGGAUCACUUGUACAUGAAAUGUAUGUAACACUUCUUAUGAGAAUUUGUAGAAUAACUGAAUCUUUAUAAUUGAUAAUCCUCUGUGACUCUUUGACUGUUUCUGUAACAUAUAAAAUCUGUUAUAAAAUCUUCCUAAGGUGGAAGUACUAGGAGCACUGUGAUUGGAGGAGAGGCUAAUAUUCUCAAGGACAUUAUCUUUACAUUGGGCAAUAAUGCAUGAUUCAUUUGGAUUAGAAUUGUCCAUCUGAGUUGCUUGCCUUUAAUAUGGCAUCUAAAAUCCUCUCCUACUGUUGCACUGUCCUAGUAAAUGGCACAUUUACUAUUAGAAGGGUUCUGAAUUCUUGCAUAAAUACUGUAAUAUAUUAAACAGAGAAAUUAAAGCUAUAAUGUGAUUUAAAUAAUUCUCAGUAUGGCCAGUUAAUAGUCUCUGAAUUGUAAAGUCUGUAAAAUAAUAAAUUUGAAAUGCUAAAUGAUAA